UGUACAUAUACGUUAUCAGAGACAUUGGACUGAACUACGCAGUCCAGCCUGAGCGAUAACGACGGGAACCUCUGACGUACCUUAGCUUUUCCCACUCGGGUUUCCCCACACAGCCCGCCCGCCCGGCCUUUUCUCAAUCCUGCUCCAACCCGCUAGCAAUUCGUUCCCUUACACCCAAGCACAGAGUUGCCUGAGACUUCGGCAAGGCCAUGCAGCGAUUGCCUUAGAAUGGCAAGCAAAGCGGCUCUCAAGGCAGUGCGCACUGCGCUGGACUCGAAGGAUUUCGAGCUUGCAGCCGAGAAAGCUAAGGAGAUUGUCAAGAAGGACCCCCAAAUCUACCAUGCCAAUGUCUUUCUAGGUCUUGCGCUCGACAAGCUCAACAAGAACAGUGAAGCCGAAGUGGCCUACCUCUCAGCUAUCCGUGUGAAGGACAACGACAAGACAGCCUGGCAAGGUCUCAUUAACCUGUACGAGAAACAAGGCGCGUAUAAGCUGGACCAAUAUCGCGAGGCGGUCAUCAAACUUGGCUUACUAUUUGCGGAAGUCGAUGACAAGCAUCGUUGUCAAGAUCUCUUAGACAAGUAUGUCGGAUUUGCCAAGAAAAAUGGUUCUCGAUCGCAACAAAAGCAAGCCCUUGAGCUGCACCUCCCAUCGUCUCCGCUCUACGAAUACCUUCAAGGCAGGAUUCCUCAUCCUUCCCACACCUACCUCCGCUUGAUUGAGAUAACUGAGGCGGAGGAGAAGGAGUUCAUAAACCGGGAAAUAGGUGAGAGGCGUACACGUCUUGGCGCGAAGAUUGAUCAAGUCACGUUGGAGGUCAAAAGGGAAGCGUUCAAGCGCAGCGAGCUUGAGCAGCUCUAUCGUGGUAUUGUGGAUUGGUCUCAUGACGACCAGGUUCGACGCACCUACGAGGAGAAGUCCUUGCAGCGCGCCUAUGACUUCCUCACAGUUCUCCCAGCGAAUGAGAAGGAAGCGAAGCGGGCUGAAGUAUUACAGGCUGCGCGGGAUAUGGUCAUCAUCAAACAUCCUUUUGAACUAGCCUGGAAGAUCGUGUUGGAAUGGCAUGAUAUCCAAGACUUCCAGGAAUGGGAUCACAAUUUUCUGGAUGACUUCAUUGAGUUCUUUCCUGAGGACGGACUUUCUAAGGUCCUUAAAGGCUUCCUUGCUAGUGAUAUUUCCCCUUUUCCCAAGGAGACAAAGGAGGAGGAAGAGUCUAAGCAGAGGAAGAGUUCCAAGGACUCCAAAGCCGAAGAACACGAGUCUGAUGAGAAUAAUGGCGAGCUGAAUGAGUUGGCUGCUCAGGACCACCUGCUUCUGAUGGUCGAAGGUCUUGAGACUUCAUCUACCUCAAUCGUCGCACAUCGAAUCGUAGGAGAACUCUACCUGACGCUUGAAGAGUACGAAAGUGCGGCAGAUAUCUGUCGUAAAGGCCUCCGAAAUAUCCAGGACGUGGUCAGACGGGCGGGGCUCAAACUCACAAACAGCACCGAUGCGAUCAAUAUUAUGCUUGCGAAUUCUCUAAUCUACUACCAAUCUCCACGCUACCACCCUGAGGCGAAGGGCAUCUUUGAGGAGAUUCUGAAGCGAAAGCCAACUUCGACCAGCUGCUUGCUUGGCAUUGGCCUUAUCCUCGAGGUCGAUGAGGAUUACCCAGAGGCUGUAAACUUCCUGGAACGUGCGCUAGCACGGGAUCCAUCGAAUAUCAAGGUUCGCGGGGAGCUGUCCUGGUGCCGAGCGCUCAACGGCGACCUCGAAUCCGGUCUGGAUGGACUUCAAGAGGUGCUAUCGGAUCUCCGUGAGUCGCAGACUGAAAAUCGGGACUUCAAGGCGGAGAUACUAUACAGAGUGGGUUACUGCCAGUGGGAGAUGGAUCCGUCGCCCGCUGCACGCAAGGACCGUAACGGAGCCUACGCCAGUUUCCUUGCUUCGAUUCAGACCAAUAUGAAUUUCGCCCCUGCCUAUACCAGCCUUGGAUUAUACUAUGCAGACUACAAAAAAGACAAGACGCGAGCCAAGAGAUGUUUCCACAAGGCCUUUGAACUGUCUCCGUCUGAGAUUGAAGCUGCAGAGAGGCUGGCACGUGCGUUUGCUAAUCAGCGGGAUUGGGACCUUGUCGAAGCUGUAGCCCAGCGCGUGGUGGAUUCAGGCAAGGCCAAACCAGCUCCGGGGUCUAAGCGCAAGGGCUACAGUUGGCCGUAUGCAGCUCUGGGAACUGUCCAAAUCAACAAACAGCAGUAUCCGAAGAGUAUUGUCUCGUUUCAAGCAGCGCUGAGAAUAGCUCCUAAUGAUUACCAUUCAUGGGUCGGCUUGGGUGAGAGUUACCACCACUCCGGAAGGUAUAUUGCUGCAACCAAAGCGUUUGAGCAUGCGCGAGCCUUGGAGGAGACUCUCUCGGAGGGGGACAAAGAACAAAUCUGGUUUGCGAGAUACAUGCUUGCGAACGUCAAGCGGGAGCUUGCCGAUUAUGAUGUUGCCAUUGCGAGUUAUGAGGAUGUCUUGAAAGUCAGGCCGACUGAGAUUGGAGUCUUGAUCGCCUUGCUCCAGACGCUUACAGAAGCCUCUUGGAAGAGCCUGGAGAUGGGGCGGUACAAUGACUGCAUUGAGCUUGCCCGGCAAGCGGUAUCUACCGCCAAAUCACUUGCCAUGGAGAGGGUCGAUGUAUUCAACCUCUGGAAGGGCAUUGGUGAUGCAUGCACUCUGUUCUCCUACGUGAAGUCCAAGGCAGACAGACAGCCCAUUGCGGAACUGCAGACUUUGCUUACAACCCAGCUAGAACCGACGGCCUUAGACAUCAUGACAGACGUUGACGAAGUCGGGGCCGAGUCCCUGUUAUCGCUCACAGCCGAGGGAGAAAGUAUCAGCCCGUCGAAUAAAUGUCUUUAUGCCGCAAUUCUGGCCUUCAAACGUGCCAUCCAAGUCUCACUUCGAGAUACUCAUGCUCAAGCUGUAGCCUGGUACAAUCUCGGCUGGGCAGAAUACAGAGCUCAUAGAAGUCUGCAGCUGAGUCCGACGUCCGAAAACAAGAAGCAAGCUCGCAAAUUUGUUAAGGCGGCUAUGCGCUGCUUCAAGCGAGCCAUUGAAUUGGAGGCUGGAAACUCGGAAUUCUGGAAUGCACUUGGUGUGGCGACUACAAGCAUGAGCCCAAAGGUUGCUCAGCAUUCAUUCGUGCGAAGUCUACAUUUGAACGACCGCAGCGCUCAGGCUUGGACGAACUUGGGAUCGCUAUAUCUCCUUCAUAAUGAUAUCCAAUUGGCAAAUGAAGCAUUUACUCGAGCACAAUCUACCGAUCCAGACUAUGCUCCGGCUUGGGUCGGCCAAGGUAUUCUCGCACUCCUGUUUGGAGAUUCGCGGGAAGCCAGAGGCUUGUUUGAGCACGCCUUUGACAUUUCCAGCUCAUCGUCGUGCAUGCCCAAGAAGCAGUAUACGAUGAGCUUGUUCGACCAUCUGCUGUCUGAUUCUUCUGUCUCCAACGAAAUCUCGCAACUAAUCCAGCCCUUCUUUGCCCUCCACCAGCUCUCCAGCCAGGAACCCUCCGAUCUGCCUUUCGUCCAUCUUUCUUCCCUCCUAGCGGAGAGAAUUGGCGAGUUUUCGGAUGCCGAAAUGAGCUUACGAACUGUCUGCGCGGGCAUGGAAGCCGAGUACGAGGAGUCAGAGUCCGCAUCAUCGCUCUCACGCUAUGCACAAGCCAACGCAGAUAUUGCCCGUGUCCUUCUUGCCCGUCAUGAGUACGAGGAAGCCGCCGAAAAGGCGGAAACGGCGCUUAUGCUCUCUGGUGAAGAGGACGCAGAAAAAUUCGAUCCCGAGACAAACAAGAAGCUGCGCCUGUCAGCACAUUUAACUGCGGGGUUGGCACAUUACUUCUUGAAAUCCAUGGACAACGCUAUUGAUAUGUUCCGUGAUGCUCUUGGAGAGGCAGACAAUGCCCCAGAGGUGGUGUGUCUUCUGGCACAGGUGCUGUGGGCGAAGGGCGGAGAGGAGGAACGCGCCGUCGCUCGCCAGCAGCUGUUCGACUGUGUCGAGGAGUACCCUGACCACAUCGGCGCCGUCACCCUUCUCGGGGCUAUUGCGUUACUAGACGAUGAUAGAGAUGCAGUUGAAGCUGUCGAAUCGGACCUCCGCAAUAUGAUUACUCGGGAUGAUAUAGAGAUUCAUGAGCGCGGCAAGCUGAUCAAGCUUCUCACUGCAGUGUCUACCCUGGGGUACGCGGACAGCUCAGACGCCCCCGAGGACGUAAGACGGAUUGGGGAAGCCACGGCAGCAGUGAUGCGGUCGCCCGCCGAACCCCAAGGCUGGGUGGAGUUGUCAUCGGCUACACGGGAGUUGUAUCCCGCUGAAAUGGCUGUCAAGCGAGCCUUGAGAAGUGUUCCUCCUCGCAGCAACCUGGAAGCUAUUGACCUUGCUGCUGCGUACGCCCAAACCGGAAAGGCAAGCGACGCACUGAGGGCGAUUAUGGUGGCACCGUGGCAACAAUCCGGGUGGGAAGAAUUGAGUCAUGCAGUAUCCACAAUCGAGUAGUUGCUGUCCUGAGACGGGUCUCCAAAUGUGAAAGGCGAGACGACGUAAGCUAAAGCUGUGUUAGAUAGAGAUGAUCUACGAGAUACAGAGAUUAG